AUGCCUGACUUCAUGAGAUUACUUCCCCGGGAGACCUGUGCGCAGAUUAUCCAGGACGUUGUGGGAGGCAGACCAGAGAGAGAUGCCGACUACUUUGGUUCAGUCCCCGCCGCAGCAUGCCUGGUCAAUCGCCACUGGAACAUGAUCUUCACCCCUCUACUGUACUCUCGGUAUGAGUUUAAGGGUAAUUGGAAACUUGUCAAGUCUCCCUGGUGCUUCUUGCGUACACUUGUGUUGCGCCCCGAUCUCGCUGCAUAUAUUACACAUCUAACGCUGACCACGAAUGGAAUCGUCGACGCAGAAUACGGCGAGGACCCCGAGCAAUACUAUGAAGAGCUAUUCAAGGAUAACCAUGACUGGUACUUGCAGGCAAUGUAUCAAGCCGGAUUCGUUAGCACCCACUUCCCGACCCGGGCCCUGACUCGUGCCGCGACAGAGCUCCUGCGCUGUGAGCUCAACUCCAACUACCAGAAACCUUUGACGGCGUUGAUCCUAGCCCACUGUCCUAACCUCAAGAGACUCAGGUACCACGCCUGCGAUUUAGAUCCAUUUCUCGACACCAUCCUCGCCUACGCGACUGGAGAUCCCAGAAUCCAGCAUGGGCACCGGCCCUUCGCGCUGGCCUUCCAGAAGUUGGAAUCCCUGUAUCUCGGCUCCCGAUGCCAGCUCUCGUCCAGCGGCCGUAUCGUCCCCGGGCGAUCUAUACAGAUCGGUGAGUGCCGGCCCUACCAGCGCCUCCCCCAAUUGAAAGAACUCGUACUUCUCGAGACCAAGUUCGCCGAGAACUUCAGCAGCAUGCGACACUCCCCAAACAACAUCCAGCAGCUGACCCUAGGGUUCACCAAGCACCCGGCCCAGCUCGACCUGAUGCUCAGCCUCAGCCCGAAGCUCACGCAGCUCUCGCUGUUCCUUCUCGGAAAACACCCCAGGGAGGGCGUCUCCUUCCACCGCGAGCUCUGGGGCAUGCUGGACAAACUAAAGGACAACCUCGAGUACCUCGACAUCUACCAGGGCAAAUUCCACUACACCUCCGACACCACCGACUUCUUCCCGGACGACGACGACCUCUCGUUCUGCCCCAAGCUCCCGCAGUUCAAGAAACUGCGCCAGCUCAACAUCACCCCGCUCCUGCUCAACGGCCACAGAUGCAAGCACGCCCCGGGCAAGAGACUCAGCAGCCACCUGCCCCCGAACCUCGAGUCCCUGGGACUCUACGGCCAAGACGCCGCCUGGAUCGCCCACUUCCUCCCCGCGCUGGACCGAGAGCUCGAGGGCGUCGCCGUCGCCGGCGCCGCGCGCUCCCUCAAAUCCAUCGUCGUCGACGACGAGCGCGGCCCCAAUGGACUGGGGAUGUGCUUGCCCUACUUCCGCAUGCGCGAUGCGGCCGCCUCGCACGCCAUCCGUUUCCAUAGCUUCGCCCGGGGCGUUCUGCUCUACGGCGGCGCCGACACUCCCUUUGGCAUGUCGACGUAUUCCAGGUUGCCCGUGGGUGCCUUUGCACUGGAUUAUGCCCUGUGCCACGUCUGGGACGUUAUCCCGCACGGUAUGGAGGUUCAUAAUUUCAAGGGCCGCUUGUGCUGA